CAGGGAACAGGGCAUUGUCUCUUUGAUGAUACCCAGACUACUAGCGGAGACAGACACGUGUUGGACGCUGGAGCAAAGGAUGAAGCAUCGGCCUCCAAUCAUUCGGGACAAACAUCUCGAUCGCUGCCUCGCCACGGUGAUGUGCAGCGGGAUUCUGCAAAUCAGGCACGGAUAGACGAUGACAUGAAGCGGCCAAGGAACACAUCGUCGUCGCAAGUUGGCACAAAGGAGGGUCACUCUGUCUCAGUUUUGCGGCCAUCACGACGCCAACUCCGACGUGGCUGCGGCAGGAUGAACCAAGUGGCACUUGUCACAUGUACUCGCCGAGUUAUGCAGGCUUGCACACGCCGGGAUCAACGAGGAUUAUGGCCUUUGUGUGACGUGGAUAAAAUAAUACACGACAUGAAACACACUGCUCUCCUGUUAUUAUGGAGCCAACGGGACUCUGCCAGUUCCCUUUUCGCUAGGCGGAACGCGAAUUUGUGGCCUUGGUCGCACGACGACGCAUCAGCAGCCGACUCUGUGCCUUUAAUAUCAACCUUGCAUCCAGGCAAAUCCCUGUCGAGACCAAGCGGCCGUUGGAGAGGCCGGGCUGUGCGCGAUAACGGGCCGCCAUUUCCUCAUUCGCUCUGCUUCGCGUCUCGACAUGACACAGCGUCAUGGCCGUGUCUUCCGGAUCACACUCGAGCGCGGCUACAAACCCGGAAAGUUUAGGCACGACGGACGAGCUUGGUAACAGGUACAGGCACUGUUACGAUGCGGUGCGAUGCGAUGCUCGGGCCCGUGAUCGUUAUUAUUGGAAUGUCUGAUGGAGGGUCGCAUUGAGUGGACGAGCUUUUGAUUGAGGUGGAGUUGGGAAAUGGGACGGAACGCCACUCGGACGCUGUCUGCAGGAGCUUGGGAAUGUAUUCGCGACACCGAUAGCUUGUUCAAU